AUGCCGUUACUUUCGUCAGAGAUCGGCAUGAAUGAUGUCAGUUCAAGCCAAGCUCUUGCUUAUGCCCGUCGAUCGGGCCUAUUCUUCGAUAGGUACAGUAUAUCUACUAGGCACUUAGACCUCAAACGGAAGUCCGCUUUAAUCAUAGGUGCCACAGGAGCUACCGGGAAGUGUCUUCUUCAGGAGCUUCUCAAAUCCCCUGUGUAUACGCGUGUUGGGGAGUUCGGUCGUCGAGUAACCUCACCCGAUUUGAUUACUACUGGGAAAGAAAAACUCGUUCAAAAGGUGAUUGAUUUUGAGAAUCUGAGCGAAAGUGGGUUGAAGGAGGGCAAUUGGGAUGUCACAUUCAUCACACUGGGAACACAAAGGGCGACGGCAGGAAGUGCCGAGGCAUUCGAGAAGAUCGACAGAGGAUAUGUUGUGAACGCUGCACGAGAGGCGAAGAGUAAUGAUCCCUCUCUCUCUCAGCGUCUGGUAUAUAUUUCAUCCGUUGGUGCAAACCCUACAUCACGCCUUUUGUAUCUGAGAUCGAAGGGCUUGACGGAGCUUGAAUUGUCGAAGUUGGGAUAUGCCGACACGAUUAUUUUCCGACUUGCUAUGCUCACUGGGGCCGAUCGGCCUGGCAAAGGGCUUAUGGCGUCACUUACAAUGUCGCUGGUGAAUAUGAGAGAGAGUUGGGUGGAGAAGUGCACCAUGCCGUGUCCAUCUCUCGCCAGGGCGAUGAAAAACGCUGGUGUUCUCGGUAAUGAGGUCUUGCAGCAGUAUGCGACGAAAGAUGCAGAUGUUCCAUUCACUUUGAUAGAGAAUCACGCUAUUCGGCCUCUUGCAGGAGUGUCUGUUUAGCUUUCUCCGUCUCUGUGGCUGACCGUAAAUUUGGUUUACUCUCGAUCCUUCAAUGCGGUGAUCCUUUUACUUCUUAAUAUGUCUAUCUCGAUGUUAUUAUAAUCCGGCUCCCAUGCACCUGCAUUGUAGAGUAAUGUUAAAAUUUGAAGAAAAGCUGGCUGACAGUAUCACUAGUUCCCCCAUCCACGUGUAAAUAUUCUACUCCGCCGCUCUGCCAGCUGUUCACAUUUAAUGCUUGUC